ACCAAGGCUCUACAUAGGAUGACAGAAAAAGAGAUGAGAAGCAGGGGGAGCUGCACUUCCACAAGAAAGAUGGACUGGGAUCUUGCAGGCAUUUUGACCUUCAUGUUUAAGGGAACUAACUCUCCUUCCUAAAACCCAGUGAGUUCUAAUGGAUCACUUCCUCUUAAGACGCUUCAGUUGAUACAAAUGUCUCAGAAGAAACAUGCAAACAUUCAGAGGCAGAGAUCUUUUAAGAUUCACCAUGUUCUACCAAAUAUGAGUGGUUUCAGUACACAAACUCUUGUGUACCCACGUUUGAUCUACGAAACUCCCUAAUUGACCAGCGGCCAGAAACAAGCAGCUGAACUAGCUUGCUUGCAAGUCAUCAGCAGCUGGGUAUGAAGAAGUGAUAAAGCAGCCUAAUUAACAUUGUGCUACAAACAGAUGCUCUCAAAAUGAAAAGGAUUUUCAGAAUAAAUACAGACAGUUACCCCAGUAUGAACUACAGUACUAGUCAUUUGGCAUCUAGCAACAGCAAAUGGCCCAAAGGAGCAGAAAUAAAGGCUUCAUCUGGAAAUACCCUAAGUGUGCCCAAAAGGAAUGGGUCUGAUGGUCCAGAGGAAGCAUGAGCUGCUUUUGUAAACAAGAGCAGAAGAAAUACAAUUACAUGGAGCCAUAUGUAUACACGACAAGCCAUUUUAACUUUCCUUGCCCAGUGAGAAUGCAAGGAGCAAGGAAGAAGGGAGAGGUGUCAAGAAGGAAACGAGCAGCCUAGCAGUCAAGUUCUGUGAGGCAGGUGAUGGAAACAUCCGGAGUCUGGGCUUUUCCUGUGUGCGUACCUCAUUAUGAGAAGCUAGGCAAUGACAACUUCCAACAGAAGGCCUGGGUGCUCAGAGUUUCUAAGGCCUCUGAAAGUACUGGGACUAGCACCUGAGACAGCUUUUGCUCACUUUGUAGAACUUUUCAAGAGUAAGGAGGAACUGAUCUCCAUGUUGAACAAUAUCUACCAGUCCUGGUCCUUGAUGCUCUUCCAAACUAGAAAAUGGAUGCCAUAGGCUUCCUUGCCUUGGUUUUUACUGGCCUGCUGUUCUGGGAAGCUUCUUCAAUGAAUAGCAAAUGGCUCACAGAACAACGACAGAUACUUGUUGACACACCAGAUUUUACUCUGCCAGGAGAUGUAGUCAUUGGAGCCAUUUCUCCCGCACAUGCCAAUGUGUCUUACAUGAAGCUACACUUCACAAGGCAGCCAGCAGCAGAUCCUUGCAAGAGAUCAGCCAUGGUUCUCAACAUCCAAAAUUUUCUGACCGGCUCCAGUUCCCAUCAUUUUUCCGUACUGUGCCUUCCAGCAGCCACCAGCCCUAUAAGAUUGCUCAUCUUCUGAAAUACUUCAACUGGACAUGGGUAGGCCUGAUAAACUUCCGUGUUGAGGCUACCGAAAUGCAGAGUGCUCUAGAAAAGUAUUUGGCACAAGCUGGUGGCUGCCUCGCCAUGUCCAGAACAAUUCGUGACCCAUAUUCAGAGAUCAAUACAGUGGCAAGGGAGAUUGGGAGCUCCACCGCCACGGUGUUCCUGUGCCACUGCUACCAUUUCCACUUCCAGCUGCUAGCUAAGGCUCUCCAGGCACAAAAUAUUCACAAGAUGUGGAUCAUGACAGCCAGCUUUGCAGUGGACCCGGAGAUAUUCACCAGUGAAAUGUUGCACCUCUUGAAUGGGAGCUUAGAUCUAAGGGUUCAUUCUGAUAAGAUACCUGGUUUUAAGAACUUCUUGACCACCUUUCGCCCUGCUGCUUAUCCUAGUAGCCAUUUGGUAAAAAUACUUUGGCAAAACUUGUUUAAGUGUACUUGGCCAAGUGUUGAAAGUACCAGGGAUGGUGUAAAUAGAUCCCGUCCUUGCACUGGGGUAGAGGAGUUGGAUGCUGGCCAUUUUGAUCUGAAUAACCCAGCUGCCACAUUUCAGGCCUACCUUGCAACCAGGGCCUACAUCACAGCCUAUCGUGACAUGACGUCUUGCACAUUCAACAAAAGGAGCUGUGUCAGAGCAAAGCCUUUCCAGCCAUGGCAGGUCUAUCAUUAUGUGAAGAACAUCAACUUCACUAUUUCAUCACAGGAGAUUUUCUUCAAGGAUGGUGAAGUUCCAGCUGUAUUUGACAUUACAAACUUACAAAUUUCGCCCAAUGGCUCUUUAAAAGCAGUGAAAGUUGGACAAUUUCACUCUGGAUCUCCACUGGGAAAAGAACUUGUGGUACAGGACAGUGCCAUUGUGUGGACAGGGAACCCUGCUCAGGUGCCCCAUUCAGUCUGCACAGAGAGCUGUCUGCCUGGACAGAGAAAAUUACCUUUGCAGGGAAAACCGAGCUGCUGUUAUGACUGUCAGGGAUGCCCUGAUGGACAGUUUGCCAGUGGAACAGACAGUGCCAACUGCUGGAACUGCCCUCCAGGCCAAUGGCCCAACCACAUCCAAGACCGGUGUUUUCCAGUGACAAUUGACUUCUUGUCCUACACAGAAACUUUGGGAGCUGUUCUGGCUACAAGCAGUUGUUUGCUUUUCCUCCUCUCGCUGUCCAUUUUAUACAUUUUCAUACGGUACCGCCACACACCAAUUGUCAAGGCCAAUAACAGGGCACUCAGCUACCUCCUCCUGACUUCUCUGGCUCUCUGUUUCCUCUGUCCAUUCAUGUUCCUUGGACGCCCAUCCCAGCUGACGUGCUCACUUCGCGAGACUGUUUUUGGCUUAGUCUUCGCAGUCUGCCUUUCUGCAACUCUAGCCAAGACUGUGACCGUGGUGCUGGCUUUUAGAGCUUCCAAGCCCGACAGCUACUUUCAGAGGUGGGUGGGCUACAAGCUCUCUGUGGCUAUCACUCUUUGCUGCCCCCUCACCCAGGCUGCUGUCUGUGUUGUCUGGAUAACAGAGCGGGCCCCAUUCCCAUCACAGAACCCGCUCCAUGGAGGGCCUCAUGUGACGCUGGAGUGUGACAAAGGUUCCCUACAGUAUUUCUAUAUUAUGCUGGGGUACCUGGCCUUGCUGGCUAUCAUCAGCUUAGGAGUCGCCUUUCCAGCCCAUCGGCUACCAACCGCUUUCAAUGAGGCCCAGCACAUUGCCAUUAGUAUGCUGAUUUUCACUUUUGUCUGGAUCGCCUUUGUGCCAUCCUAUCUCAGUGCCACCGGGAAGUACAUGGUGGCAGUGGAGAUCUUUGCCAUCCUGGCCUCUGCAGGAGGUUUGCUGGGUUGCCUCUUCUUCCCCAAGUGCUACAUCAUUCUAUUACGGCCGGACAGGAAUAACCGGUGUUUCCUCCUAGGGAGGCAAUUCCCACAUAACUGAGAUCAGCUUUAUCUGUCCGUAACUGGUUCACAGGGAUAAUGAUUAAAAGCCUUCUAACAUCUACCGUUUGAUUUAAGAAAAUACUCAAGAGAGCUGGCAACAUCAGAAAUGAAACACCAACAACGUACUAAAUAUUAAGCCAUUAAAACAGAGACAGGGUUAACAGGGAAGCUUUAUUUUGUCAACAUGCCUUACGACCAAUUGAAUAAAAUGU